UUCUUGUUACAGCUUUAGCAGACUGGAAAGACGAAGCAUGCUGAGUUAGAGAGUGAAAGCCUCGUAUUAUAUUAAGAUUCAGCAGCAGAAGAUGGCGUUGAGGCGUCUUUUUGGGUUUUCUGAUGGGGAUCUGAUGAGGUCAGAUGCAAAGCCAUGUUCGAGAUUAAUGAGGCACACAGCAGGAGUUUUCUCUGUAGGUGGAGGGCUGGCUUUUUGGGUUCUUUGUCGAUUGCAUUAUGGUCCAAGGAUAACAGUUCCGAGGAGUCUCAGGUGGGCUGCCUGUGGAGCUGUAUCUGUGAGCUCAACCUCUGCUUUGCUGGUUCGCCUUUUUAGUCCUGAAUGUGAACCCCAGAACAUCGCAGCUUAUGACAAAGGAAAAUGAUUUAAAUGGUCCAUCAGAUUUAGAGU